AUGAAUUUAUUUCUGUGUAACCGAGACACAGUAUCGAUAGUGGACGAUACGAAAUACAGCGUAGCUCGAGAUACUAGAUUUCUUAUUUACGACGUCAAUCAUGGAGAGGGCUUCAACCUCAGGAGAGAUGUUUAUAUGCGUAUUGCAAAUACUGUGAGGUUGCUGAGGGAGGCUGGUGAGCCUUUUGUUCUCGUGCUUCCACCUUGGGGAGCCCUAUACCAUUGGCAACGACAAGAAGUAAAACUAAAAUGGUCGGUUUUCUUCGAUGUAGAGAAUUUGAACGAAUUCGUUCCAGUCAUGGAGUUUGAGACGUUUGUUCAAGAGCAAGGCAACAUAGUAGAGCAAGUGGUGUAUCUCCAGCCUUACAAGGAAGGUUGGAGUGGGGAGUACGUGCUGAAAUACGACCAUCGAGACUGCAUCGACGGAUCGCGCUUCUACAAAUUCGAGAAUAAUGCGUGGCGUGGUUGGUUCUUCUCGUACGAAAAUAUAAGAGCGAAAAAAUUCGAGUGCCUUUCCCUGCAAGGAGAUUCUGACACCCUAAAGAAAGUCAUUCUUGAAGAAUAUCCUGGCAGAGCAAGUAUUUUCAUUGAUCGUGCAGAGACAAUACUACACCAACACUACGGCGAUGUACACUACUGGGAAGCUCGGCGAAGUAUGCGAUAUGCAAGAUACUUAAUUGAGGCUGGAAAUUUGUUUAGGAUGACUGAGUUGUCUUCGUCUGACGAAAAAGACCGAACAGAACUCCCUUCUUCUUUUCGGGACGAACGUCCUCGUCGAGAUGCCUUAGGAGGAGAUUAUGUCUGUGCUCACUGGAGACGUAAGGACUUCCUUCGUGCGCAUGGGAAGGAGUUACCAAGUAUCAAGGAAACUGCGAGAAAGCUAAAUGAACUCUGCACUCAAACUGGCGUGUCUCGAUUGUUUCUAGCAACCGACGCUUCCACCUCGGAAAUAGAACAACUAUCGUCUCUUUUACGUUUCCCUGUGGUUCGAUUUAGAAGUGACGAACUCGCUGACGGAGCUGUGGCCAUAGUUGACCAGUGGAUUUGCGCUCAUGCACGGUUCUUCAUUGGAAGUCACGCGUCUACUUUCUCGUAUCGUAUACAGGAGGAUAGGGAGAUCCUCGGAUUCUUACCGAAGACAACAUUCAAUCGUUUUUGUCCAGAUCAAGUUUCUGAUUGUGAACAACCUGCGAAAUGGACUAUACUUUACGCUUGA